ACUAAAUUACCCCAAAAAUUGCCCCCAUUAUGGGGAAUGGGGGUAAGGUUGGAGAUGGCUCUUUAUCUCUAUGAUUUUUCUGAAAAGUUGCAAUAAGCUUUUAGUAAACAACUUUUAGCUUAAAAUUUCUGAUUGUUCUCUUAAUGAUCUGGAAAGAUUGGCUUUUUUGCCUGACUGCACUGUUUCUUCGUCUCCUUUGCAUAUCUAUUUGUCCAGUAAAGCAAGUUCAUGUCUCUUGUCACAGUCUAGUAAUCUAAGAUGAGGAUAAUAUGAAAUUAUCUUCUUUUUGUUUUUUGGUUUCUUUGUCCUAAACUUUGAGAUGUGAAUGCUAAUUACGUGAAUAACAAUCAAUAUUCCACCAGAGAUAGAUAGAACAUAUACUAAACUCGGUUAGCUACUAUUCUUGGGAUAAAAAAAAAUGCUGCAUAAGAUGAACUCAGAACACGAGAGAGUAUUCCUUUUAAGAAUUUUGACCUUGCAUGACAUCUCCCUUUCAGAUGCUCCAGCUUUUAUUCCUAAUAUGUUAUAUAACUCUUGGUCUUCUAAGUUUCAUUUAUCUGCUAAAACCACAUGAUUAGAUAGAGUAUAUUAAAUUCCUGUAUGCACCACUGCUAUCUCCAAUCUACGUUCUUUCCUGUACUCUUUCAUGUAUCAUGAUUUUGUCUCUCUGAUAUAGCUAAACAAACAACUACUACUACUACUCAGUCCCAAACAAUUUGGGAUUGGCGAUGUGAAUCCUCAUUUCAUCAUCAUUACCAAAAUAACUCCGAUAUAGAUUUUAAUUUUCAGGGUAGCCUGCUAACUCGUCAGUACUAGACCAUGAGGAGUACUAGUGGAUCUGGUGUAGUUACAAUUAGCAAUUUGCCCUGUAAUGUUGUGGAUGGGAUUCUAGGGCGCUUGCCUUUGAAAGAUGCAGUGAAGACCAGUAUCUUGUCAAAAGACUGGAGGUACAAAUGGGUCACACGUCAAGAACUUGAUUUUAGUAAUGAGUUUUUCGAGUCUUUCAAAGAAAAACAAGAAGCCAAGGCAAUCAUUUACCAAGUCCUACUACUCCAUAGAGGACCGAUACUGAAGUUUGAACUUGGAGGCGACUUGAAAAGUUGUCCGGAUAUUGAUCACUGGAUACUCUUCUUGUCAAAGAAAAAUGUCCAGGAAUUCACCCUUAACAUGUGGUCAGACAACAAAUAUUAUUUACCUUCUCACUUGUUUACGUUCCAGGAACUAAGGCAUCUGGAAGUUAGUGAAUGCUUGUUCCACCCUCCACCCGGUUUCCAAGGGUUUGAGAAGCUUAUUAGUCUUGAUUUUCAGCAUGUCACCUUUGUUCCAGCAACAUUCACGGAUUUCAUCUCCAAAUGCCCAUCGCUUGAAAGAUUAAUGUUGCGUUGGUGCACAGACUUUGACACCCUUGAAAUUGAUGCCCCUAAUCUCAAAUUCUUUGAUUUUACCGGAGAAUCAAAGUCCAUUUGCUUCAAGAACGCUCCUAUGCUUGAAAACGUUUCUGUGUAUCUUUCUGUUUCAGGAGUCUUGCCUUAUCCAUCUCAUGUUUGUUGUAAUCUUACAAAGUUCUUCCAUUACAUGCCUUCCCUGAAGGAACUGGAUCUAUGUGAUUCUACAUUAGAGUACUUGAUGAUGGGAGGUGUAGCAGAGAGUCCCCCAACUGCUCUGAACAAUAUCAAAUCUCUCAGAAUGUCGGGCAUGUCUUUCAGAAACGUUGAGGUGGUUUCAGGUGCUGUUUACUUGAUUACAAGCUGCCCCAAAUUACAAGAGCUUACAAUUGAUUGUACUGUUUCAGCUGGAAAUGUUGUGGAAGCUGUUGUACAAUUCUUACGAGCCCAAUCAAUGUCGUGUGGUGUUGCAAAGCUGCUUCAAAGAGUGGAAAUGAGUUAUUUUACUGGUGCUGACGUGGAAAUGGAAUUUGUUAGAUUUAUAUUGGCAUCAGCACCUGCACUCGAGGAAAUCUUAAUUUGGAAUGUUGCGCAUCACUUUGUUCAGAGUACACAAAUGAUAGAUGAUGAGAUGAAACAGUUCCGCCGAGCAUCACCCAAUGUUAGAAUCAUACUUAAAGUUUUCACAGAAGAAGACUGUGUGUUUACUUGAACCCGAAGAAGUCAUGGAUUAAGUGCCAUGACUUUGCUUAUUGGUCUACUCCAUUCUUUCCUAAUACUCUCUCAUCUGUGUGUUGCAGUUGCUAAUAGUUGUAUGGUUAUGGAGACGUAUCAAGAUUUUUUAUUCAUGGCAAGUCUUUGGAUAGUCUUUAUAUAGUUAAUUUGUUAUGUUCAAUUAGUUAACUUCCCUGAUGUUAGUUUCCGGAAGUGUUAGCAAAGUCGCUAGUAUUAUACCAUGAGAAUAUACCAGGUGCUUGUCAUAAAACACUAAUUUACAACGUACCUGCUACUCCAUGAAGAAAUAAUACUCAAGUUUAGUCUAUGCAGCCUGGAAGAGUUGUCCCUCAAAGUAAGGUGUCAAGGAGCAUAUUCUACAAUUCAUAAUGUAUGGUGGUAUGAAGCUGCUUCAAAAAGUAUGUAUGUUCGGGAUUUGGGGAUGGACUUCAGCCGCCAAUGGAAUUUUUCCAGAUUUAUAUUGUCAUCUGCACUUGAACAAAUCUAUAUUUAGAAUCACACAUUUUUUGU